AUGGCAGAAGCUGAUUCCAAACCUAUCAGCAUCUUCGUCGUCGUGAUGAUGGACGGUGGUCCAUCCAGGUGGAUUUCAGCAAAUUCUAAUGAUACCAUAAAAUCUGUCCAUUACCAAAUUCGAGAGGUUUUCGGAAUUCCGCUUACCCUACAGAAAAUAUAUUGCUUUGGGAAGAGGCUAGAGUGGUGCCAGACACUUAAGGAGUGCUCAAUUGGAGACUAUCCUUGUCUCCAGGUAGUGCUCCGAAAAGAUGGUGUAACUCGCCAGAAUUCUUCUGAGGCUUUAAAUUUGGUUUCGCAGAUACAUGCUAUGUGCCAGAGGAAAUCGGUCGCCUUUGAUUAUGGAUGCAUAAGCAACAAAAUAAGAGACCUUUUCUCCAUUUUGAGGCAGCAGACGAUGUUUCUUCUAGUUGAUCUCCCUUCGUCUUUUGUUACGCUUUAUGAAAAUAACGAAGAGAUUGGUGAUGCGGUAAUCAGAUUUUUCUUGGAUUCAUUAUUGAAGAUGAUGUUAGCAAAAGGUUGGCUUGAUAAAUGUGCAUCUAUACUUGCACGAUUAUGCGUCUAUCUUGGGUCGUAUCAUGGUGAUGGUAACCACCUGUAUCGCUUAUGCCGCACUCAUCUAACAGAGUUGGUUGAAAAAGGUAAUUAUAAAAUCAAACUCGAGUAUCUUAUACACCCAAUAACAAGUAUUCUUUUCUAUUUUAGUGAUUUGGUAGAAAGCUUGUCCAUAGAUUUGGAUCGCAGGCCCAUUCGUGACAUUAAGGCAUUUUCACUCGUUUUAUGUAAUAACAUUCAUUUGCGAGCGGAUUCCACUUCAAAUUACCUUUGCAAUUUUAAACAUAAAUUUUCUGACUUGCUUUCAAAGACGGAAGCGUACCUUGCUCAUUUUGAAAAUUUCUCGUACAUGGAAUCUGCUUAUUGUGGAUAUUCUCUAUAUCUUACCAUUCUGAAGGCAUUGCAUGUGAUAUCUAAACAUUGCAUGAGUGAAGAACUCUUUUGGAAUGUAUUAAGAAACAAAAGGCGUUCACUGUUAGAACUAAUAGCUAAAAGCACUGAUAGAACCAAUGAUCACUUGUGGCUACUCGAGCGAAAGGAUGUGAUGGAUAGUAAAUCUAGGAUGCAUUUAGCCAUGAUGAUGAUGACUGAGAUAAGAAUACAUGAAGUGGAGUUAUAUGAGAUGCUCGUUUGGUCUGAAAAACUGGACGCCAAUCUGUAUAUGGCAUUCAAAAAUCAGCAAAUUACAAAUCGUGAAGUACAACAUUAUUGGUUACGCCAGUUAUGUGGAGCUAUAUUCAAUCCUCAGAAGUCCCUUUUUCUGGCGUGCCCAAAUGAUCCUAAGAGGUUCUAUCCUAAUCCUGCAAUUGAGCCCAAAACCUUAGACCUCGAGUGCUUUAAAUUCGUUGGGAAGUUGGUUGCGAUAGCUUUAAUGUCUGAAAUACAAAUUGGUGUUGCCUUUGCCCAUGUGUUUCUUAUGCAACUGGCCGGAAGGAGGAAAAUUUCACUAGAAGAAGUAAGGGAUCUAGAUCCCUCCUUGCAUAGUUGGUGCAAGGAGAUCAUAGAUGGUGAGGUCAUUGACUCUGAAGUUCUAGAAUUCCCUGAAGCUUUGUUGGGGUGCCAAUGGAGCACAGAACUGAGCUAUGUGAAUAGCAAAAGUAGCAGGGAGGCUUAUGUUGAUCAUCUAAUUCAACACCGUUUUGUCGCAUCUAUCUCUGAACAAGUAUCAUUUUUCAUACAAGGAUUUGAUAGUGUUUUUGGUACAUCAAUCGCUCGACAAUAA